AUGUCUCUCCAGGAUCUCCCAGUCGAGCUGGUCGUGAUGAUCGCCGAGAACACUGAUUCCCAGGCCGAUCUGUUUGCCUUGACGCUUACCAACAAGCGCCUUUCCUCCAUCUUGCUCCCGAAACAGAUGGCCAUCAAUGCAAAGUUCCACCGCGCAACCGGCCUCACCUGGGCAGUCCGCAAGAACGACAUCGCACUCGCCAGACGACUCCUCGAAUCAGGGGCCCAGGCACACAUCAACGACCGCAUCAUAGACCCAUGGACACUCUCCUGGGAGCUCAUGUGCUGCAACGUAUCGACCCUAGAUUCGUACGAUAAAUCAAUAUCUCCCUGGAUCUCUGAACCUUGGGUCGAAGCUGCAGCGCUCCGAGAAUCCGGCAAGCUCUCAACUCCGCUCUAUCUGGCCGUUGACAAUGGUUCCUAUGACAUGGUCAGGCUUCUCCUGAACUUCGGUGCCAAUCCCAUUACCUCUACCGAUCACAAUCUCAUGAAAACACCCAUUCACACGGCUUCUAAGAAAGGCUUCACGCGUAUCCAGUGGUUACUCCACGACGCUGUGAUGAAGAAUCCUCCCCAGGACGCCCUGGACCUAGAGGAAUUCAUGCGGUGGAUGCCUUAG